UCUCUCUCUCUCUCUCUCUCACACACACACAAACACACACUAAAGGAACUGAAGCGGCCGUUCCACCGGCAGAGGUGAAGACUCUAGAAGAGAGAGGAUUGAAUUUGCAGAGGAAUCUGAUUCAAAGCGGCGUCAUCAAUCAUCAUCUUCCUUAUCGAUUUGUAAAAUAGUUUUCAGGUUUGUAGAAGCUGAAUAAACUCAAAAUCAAAUGGCAAAUCCGUAUGGAACCGACUCUACUAUAUCUACUUGUCUUCAAACAGAAGAUAUAUCUUCGUUUCUUCAUAACCUUCUAGGAGAUUCACUUACAACUGCACCGACUGCGCCGAACACUUCAUUUGCGGCCACUUCUUUUAGCCGAUCGUCAAAUUUCUCCGAUUCAAGUGACAGAUUCGCUGGAGGAAUAGCUGAUUCAGAGCUCAAUUUCUCCGAUCCAGGAUCCUGCUUUCCUGAGGAUAAGGAAGAGUGUAAAGGAACCGUGUUUUCUUCCGCAUGUGAAACUGAUUUCGAGAGAGUUACGUCUUCGUGGAAAAUUGAUUUUCAAUCGGAUAAUUUAGGUCAACACGUUUCUGAAUCUGGAAAGGAGGAACGUCUAGGUCUGAAGAUGAGGACUAAUCAUGGCAAGAGGACUAGAGCUGCAGAGUUUCAUAAUCUAUCGGAGAAGAAGAGAAGGAGUCGAAUCAAUGAGAAGAUGAAAGCAUUGCAGAAUCUUAUCCCAAAUUCUAACAAGACAGACAAAGCUUCAAUGCUGGAUGAAGCCAUUGAAUAUCUGAAACAACUUCAACUCCAAGUUCAGAUGUUGACAAUGCGAAAUGGAAUAAGUUUGCAUGGGUUCUGUCUACCUCCAUCAUUGCCUAUUAAACAUCUGCCUCAAGUGGGAAUGAGUUCAUUAGCUGAAGGAAGUCAUGAAUUUAUUCUGAAUACAAAUGGUGAAGUUUCAAAUAAAGCUCCAUUUGUGAUGGACAUGGGAGAUUUAGAAACAAUGGAGAAUCAUUAUGGAUGCUUUAACCAAACUAGAUCCUCAAAGGGAUUACUGGAUCAGGAAGAAAGAUAAAUCACAUUUUCGCAAUUUGGAGUAAUUUGUCAAUCCAAUCAGGUAAUUCGAAUUUCAGGUAUGCUGUCGUAUGUAUGUAUAUCUAUAAUUCCUCGUCUUGUACUACUUGGAAAGAAUUUGAAACUGCAAUAGAUCGAUUCAAAUAAAUGCUGAAAACUUUGUUAUCGGAUUUAUGUUUACAAUAAAAUAUUUCGAGGAUAAUUUGCUGAAAUGGUUGAAUUGCUCCUAAGGGUUGUAUUCA